CAGAACCCAAACCCAAAACUAAUAUUUGAUCAAAUAUAAAUACUAAAACCCAUGGAAGAGAGAAAGGGAUCGAAAGCAGCGAGAGAGAAAACAUACGCACAAGUUUCUUAUUUUGCAAAUUGGGGUUGUGAAUCAGAAUUAGGGUUAGGGUUUGAGAAAUCAUCAUGGCGACACCACUACCACCACCACCCCCACCGUCGGAGCAGCAGCAGAGCAAUGCGAAGCCAGCGCUGAGGAAGCCGGAAUUCAAGAAGGCCGACCAGUUGAAGCCCGGCACCACCGGCCACACUCUCGUCGUCAAGGUCGUCAGUUCCAACACUGUCUUGGCUAAGGGCCGCUCUGUUUCACAGCACCUCCGCCACACUCGAAUCGCCGAGUGCCUCGUCGGUGAUGAGACUGCCACCAUCGUCUUCACUGCCCGCAACGAACAAGUGGAUUUGAUGCAGCCCGGUGCAACAGUUAUUCUCCGCAAUGCAAAGAUUGAUAUGUUUAAGGGAUCUAUGAGGCUAGCAGUAGACAAAUGGGGUCGUGUUGAGGUCACUGAGCCUGCAAAAUUUGUUGUCAAGGAGGAUAACAAUCUAUCUCUAGUUGAAUAUGAACUGGUGAAUGUUGUGGAGGAGUGACUGGGAUAUUUGGGCAGCUGAUAAUUAGAGAUAAAGAGUAGCUUCAGAAUUUUAAAGCAUAUGAUUGGUUCUAAUUCCUGGUAUAUGUGGUUCUAUCUUAUCUUUUGGAAUAUGUAGUUUGGUAUUGGUUUACGGAUGCCUUUAAAACUGGAACUAGUGUUCUUCCCCCUUUAAUAUGACUACCAUGACAAGUAGGGCUUUGUUAGGUAUUUACAGGGACAGCCUGAUCUCCCUGCUUAUGAUGAAAAUAUGAACUAGUGUUUGAUAUGAUUAAAGAUCAUUGGGUCAGAGUUUUUCUCA